AUGGUGUCCUGGUUCAAUGAUGGCUCGGAAGGGCACCCUCGCCCUCUCACUCCCUCCCGGGCCCCCGGCUCGCCGAUGAAACCGCGACUGAGCCGAGUCGGAACGAGUCCGUCGAAGCGGGAUGAGAAACCCAAGGACGACAAAGUGUUGAAGUCAUCAGCCAAGGAUGUCGCAGAGCUCAAGGACUACCAAUUGGGCGAUUGUUUGGGGAAAGGCGCAUUCGGGUCGGUCUACCGGGCGCUGAAUUGGAACACUGGGGAGACUGUUGCUGUCAAGCAAAUUAGGCUGGUGGACCUCCCCAAGAGCGAAUUGCGCGUGAUUAUGCUGGAAAUCGACCUCCUGAAAAACCUGGAUCAUGCCAACAUUGUCAAGUACCAUGGGUUUGUGAAGUCUGUCGAAACUUUAAACAUCAUCCUGGAGUAUUGUGAGAAUGGCUCGUUGCACUCCAUCGCAAAGAAUUUUGGCCGUUUCCCGGAGAACCUGGUGGGCGUUUAUAUGUCCCAGGUUCUUCAUGGCCUUCUGUAUCUUCAUGAACAGGGUGUCAUCCACCGGGAUAUCAAAGGAGCCAAUAUCCUGACCACAAAAGAAGGCCUCGUGAAGCUGGCAGACUUUGGCGUGGCGAGUCGCACGACGGGCUUGAGUGAAUCAAGCGUGGUUGGUACGCCGUACUGGAUGGCUCCCGAGGUCAUUGAGCUAUCAGGAGCAACUACAGCCUCGGACAUCUGGAGUUUGGGAUGCACUGUCAUUGAACUUCUCGAAGGGAAACCUCCUUACCACAAUUUGCAGCCCAUGCCAGCGCUUUUCCGCAUUGUCAACGACGAUCAUCCUCCGCUUCCCCAGGGAGCCUCGCCGGCCGUAAAAGAUUUUCUUAUGCAAUGCUUUCAAAAAGACCCCAACCUACGUGUUUCAGCCAGGAAAUUGCUCAAACACCCGUGGAUUGUCAAUGCACGCCGGUCUGAUUCCGUAGUGCCCAAAAAGUCAACGGAAUAUGAAGAAGCAGUCAAAAGUGUUCAGGAAUGGAACGAGGCCUUGCGGUCGCCUGAUGCAGGGACUUCUCGCAAGACACACAGACUUGAUCAUCAUAAUGCUGGGCCUCCACGGAAUACCACUUUGGUCGACACCUUGUCCUCGCCGACACCCCCCAAACCUACAGACCGGUUUCGAUCCCCCGUGUCUGCCGAGGACGACAACUGGGACGAUGAUUUCGCUACUGCUAUAUCUCCCAGCGCUUUACAAUUGCCUCACCUUCGGCCCCAUGAUAACUUUGGGGGCAUGCUUUCCUCCGAAAGGCUCAAGGCUUUUGCCUCGCUUGAUGGGACUAUAUUAAAGUCCGACGACAGUUUCGAUGAUUUCGACGAGGUCUCUAAAGACUCUAUACAACCACCGGAAAACGACCCUCUCCAGACAAUUCGGCCACUUCCAAUCAAACCAUCUACAGCCGAACCUUCAAAAUCCCAAAGCCCUUCGCGUCGUCAAUCCAGCAAAGCCUCUUCAUCUACAUUGCAGAAUGUCCCGAUUCUCACACAGAAUCCUGCCCCACGUAUGAGACGUGCUCGCCCUGCUGCCCUCUACAAGGAGAACUCUGUGGAAGAUUAUACGGACCUCAUCAUGGCAAAUGAAGAUGUGCUAGAUCGGAAGUUGGGGGCUUUCCAGGAAUCUGACGAGGAUGCUGUCUCUCCUACCCAUGACAAGGGGGGAUAUAAUGCAUCGGAUGAUGUCCAUUUCGGCCAUCAUCCACAGCUUCGCAAACAAAUCUCUGUCAAGCGGGACCGCUCUACCAUAGAGAUACAAAAGUUUGCCGAGAACGAGAACGAUGAGGAUUUCUCCGACAUCCUUGGGGCCGACCAGGUUGCUUUAGAUGAACCAGAAAGCGACGAUGGUUCAGAUCGAAGCACUCUCAUGCUGAACUCGAAGCUCUCAAAUAAUUCCUGGCUGGGAGACCAAGACGAUGACGACGACCCGUUCGCGCAACUGGAAGAAGGCUUUGAUGAGAUGGAUCUGGAAGCUAACAUUGCUCGCGACAAAUAUGCACGCCUGCGAAAUCAAGUAGAGGGUCUCGUCGGCUCCCUGAAAACUUCACAGGACGAAGAAGUCCUUGCAGAUAUCUCCGAGCAGCUGCUGAUCAUUUUCUGCGAUCUCCCCGAGACAAAGAACAUCAUCAUUAGCGCUCAUGGAAUGCUGCCUAUAUUGGAGAUUCUUGAUACUUCUCGACGGCGCGAUAUCACUUUUUGUUUGUUGCGAGUCGUCAACGCCAUCAUCUACGACGACUACGAGAUCCAAGAAAACCUCUGCUUCGUUGGUGGAAUUCCCAUUGUCAACGAGUUCGCGUCAAAGAAAUACCCUCGCGAGAUUCGAUUAGAAGCCGCAGCCUUUGUGCAGCAGAUGUAUCAGACCUCAACGUUGACUCUACAAAUGUUCGUCAGUGCCGGCGGUCUGAAUGUCUUGGUGGAGUUUUUAGAAGAUGAUUACGAGGAUGAACGCGACUUGGUCUUGAUCGGCGUGAACGGUAUCUGGAGCGUUUUUGAAUUGCAGGGCUCAACUCCCAAGAAUGACUUCUGCAGAAUUCUGUCUCGCAACUCCGUCCUCGACCCUUUGUCUCUGGUUCUGGGGCGUGUUCUGGAAGAGGAAGGGGAACUGGCUGAGGUUAUCGAAGGCCGUAUUGCCAACAUCUUCUACAUUUUCUCGCAAGCCGAGAACCAUGUCAAGGAGAUGGUGGCCGAGCGAACGGUUUUACACAGAGUCUUGAAGGAACUCCGGCGUAUGAGCCCGGCGCAUCAAAUUACAAUGCUGAAAUUCAUCAAGAAUCUGUCAAUGCUCUCAACCACUUUGGACUCGCUUCAGAAUUCCAAUGCAAUCGAUGUGCUGACAGACCUGCUCCGCUUGACGAUGAAACGAACGCACUUCCGCGAGGUUUCGAACCAAAUCUUGAACACCAUUUACAACAUGUGUCGUCUGAACAAGUCUCGACAGGAAGACGCCGCCUUAAAUGGCAUCGUCCCAUUACUGCAGAAAAUCGUCAAAACGGAACGACCAUUGAAAGAAUUCGCUCUCCCAAUUCUUUGCGACAUGGCACAGUCCGGAAAGGUUGGCCGGCGGGAGCUGUGGCGCAACAAGGGUCUGGCAUUUUACAUCUCUCUGCUCGCAGAUCCAUACUGGCAGGUCACUGCUCUGGAUGCUAUUUUCACAUGGCUCCAGGAAGAGACAGCUAAGGUGGAAGAGCAUCUCUUGGACAAUCGAUAUGACAAGACAACGUUCACUGAUGCCAUUGUGCGGUGUCUGACUCUGUCUAAAGCUAAUGCAUUCGAAAAUCUCUUGGAGCCCCUACAAAAACUCCUCCGGCUGAGCCCACCCGUUGCGUCCACUCUGGCUCGCCCGGAUCUUUUCACGAGACUUGGACAAAAAAUGCACCACAACAAAGCUGCAGUCAGACUAAACCUCCUACGUAUCAUAUCCAGCAUAUGCGAUUCCAGUGAACAGCAAGGAGGGCUACUCGCAACCUACGGCAUCCUGGAUGCAAUUCGAGAGCUGGAGAACGACCCCGCCAUUCUCGUCCGAGAUAUGGCUGGGAAGUUGGUCCAGUCCAGUGAACGAAGUGAAGCCUUUGGUACGGGUAAGCGCAGACCCACGACCCGAAGGCAAAGCACGUCCACCACUCCCCCGAAUCAUUAUUCGGGUUCGUCUACACCAUCAACUCCCCAAACAAACCGCACUAGCCAAUCAAGAGGAUAUUUCGAGGGACGAGAAACACCACGACAUCCCCGAAACGCUCUCAGCGGAUCUUCUCUGGCUUUGCGACCUGGCAGCCGCGAUGGCAAUGCUUCUGCGCUCGGCUCGGCUGUAAAUGGCAACGCCGCUCCACCACGAAAUCGGAUGUCGCGAGGUCUGUCAAAUCGACUUUCUCAGGUAGAGCUGCUACAUGAAGAGGAAACCAAGGCUCCCAGCUCGCUGAGUCGCCGACCUUCGGUCAUUCCUCGACGCCGACGCCCUACGAUAGCAGAUUCGGAAUGGACAUGA